AUGUCGAACGGAGACCUUAUUCUUCAAUGCACCUUUGACAAAGAACGUUGCUCAUUGGACGAUUUCAAAGUCACGCAAAACGCCAAAUAUGGCAACUGUUUUACCUUCAACCAUGGUGACGACGGCGUAGUUCGAAACACCACCAAGGUGGGAGCGGAGUACGGUUUAAAACUGACGCUGUCGAUCGAAAUGAAGGAAUACGUGGGACUCUUUGGUCAGGAUCCAGGGGCAAAGGUCACCAUCCAUAGUGUAGGGUCAACGCCGUUUCCUGAAGGCAAUGCCAUCAAUACCAAACCUGAAGAGAGCACUUUCAUCGGUUUGAAACGCAGUUCUGUCAAACGUCAGCCGCAUCCUUACGGAGACUGCACUUCACGUCAGAAAAGAGAUGCACUGUACGGUGGGAGAUACACGUACGAGACAUGUCAACAUUCAUGUCUGCAGGCAGCCUUACUGCGCGAGUGUGGAUGUUCCGACGAGCUGAUAGUCAUCAAUAGCACCUUGUGUAGUGUGCUGAACAAGACACAAGAAUGUUGCCGUCAAGACGUCCGAACACGUCACGAGGACGGCAACCUGUCGUGCAAAUGUCGUCAGUCCUGUCACGAGGAUUCCUACGCGCUUUGGCUGUCAUCAUCCUUAUGGCCGUCCGACAAUUACGUCUGGUACGUGUUGGAGAACAUCCACACCAGAAGCCAGGCUCGGAAUCUGCCGGUCAACCCAGAUGAACUGCGCCAAAAUCUCACGAGAAUUCACGUGUACUUCCGUGACUUGAGCUACGAACUGAUCACUGAAAAUCCAACUUAUACGGAGGAAACGUUGCUCAGUGGCCUCGGUGGACUGUUAGGGCUGUAUGUAGGUCUAUCUGUUAUCACGGUCUUUGAAUUCAUCAAUUUAGUUGUUGAUGUAGUCAAGGUUGCUUGUACCAAACAAUGAAAGACAAGUGCAACAUGGAACCACCUGC